AUGUUAUCAGCCUUCACGGCCCGCCCUCUCGUCCAGCUCAAACAGCGCGACAAGUCGAGGAUCGAGUCGUUCCUAGCGUACGGUGACCGAUUACUUGUUGGAUUGAAUACGGGCACGCUGCGAAUAUAUCGUAUCAAUGAGCUAAAUCAUGAGCAUAAUGGGCAUGGGGAAUCUCAAACAGAUGGACCAGGGGAGCAAGAGAACGGAAGAGAGGAUGUGGAUGCGAAUGGCGCUGCUUUGCAAAACGCAGAGCUACCAAACGUAAAGCCCACAGACCUACUUCGCGAGCAGGAAAAGUUUUCACGGUAUAAAAUAGAGCAGCUAGCCAUUAUUAAAGAGGCGGGCAUUCUAUUAUCUUUAUCGAACGGAUAUGUUUCUAUCCACGACCUCCAAACCUAUGAGCUACAGCAACUGUUAGCGAGGACUAAAGGGGCGUCCGCAUUUGCGGUUACAUCAAAUAUCGUAAAGGACCCCUGUACCGGCGUGCCGUCCAUCGUAUCUCGGCUUGCUGUGGCAGUUAAGAGGAAACUGAUGCUGUGGAUGUGGCUGGAUAUGGAACUGGAAGACGACACGGCGGAGAUCACAUUGGCAAGCGGAAUUAAGACUUUAACCUGGACGACUGGUACCAAACUCGUUGCGGGCCUAAACUCAACCUAUGUGAUGGUUGAUGUGGAAACUUCUAAGGUAACGGAUAUCGUUGGGCCGGGAAGUAUCGGCGGGCCUGGUGGACAAGAGACAAGUCGACUUGGAGGGGUAGGCGUCGCGAGUAUGAGCUACAUUGGCAUGGGAGGUGCCGCGCCUAAACCUUUGGCAACAAGGCUGGGAGAUGGGGAAACUCUGUUAGCUAAAGAUGUCAAUACACACUUCAUCGAUACUGACGGCAACUCCUUGGGACGGAGGCAGAUUCCUUGGACCACAGGCCCAGAGGCUGUGGGUUAUUCAUAUCCAUACCUCUUAGCCUUGCAAGAGCCAUCAAAAGGAACGUUGGAAGUCCGAAAUCCAGAAACUUUGUCUUUACUUCAAUCCAUUUCCCUCCCGUCAGCAAGCAUGCUGCAUAUACCACAACCAACAAUAAGCCUAGCACAUGCGGGGAAAGGCUUUCUGGUUGGUAGUGAGCGCACCAUCUGGCGAAUGGGUGCGCUGGACUACGACUCGCAAAUCGACUCACUUAUCGAAGAAGGUCAUUUAGAUGAAGCCAUAAGCCUAAUCAGCAUGCUGGAAGACGCCUUGCUCAAAGACAAACCGGGUAGGCUUCGACAAGCGAAGCUGCAAAAGGCACAAGCUCUAUUUGACAAGCAGAAGUAUCGCGAUUCGUUAGAUUUAUUUACGGAGGCAUGCGCUUCUCCCGAGAUGGUCAUUCACAAAUAUCCCAAAAUCAUUGCUGGGCCACUCUCCACUUUCGACGAGGAGAAAAGCGAGGAGGAUUCAUCGGACGCGGACGACCAAACGUCUCAGAAAACAAAUGGCACUGCAGCUAACAGUGUAGACGCUACAGCAGAAAGCAUGCCAAAAGCCAAAUCACCUGCAGGAUAUGCACCGUCUGUGAGGUCAUUUUUGAGAGGGAAAUCUGAAGACGCCAGCGAGACAGGUAGUAUUCGUGGAAAGCCUCCUGAUAUGAAACCGGUGGACAAGCCGCUACAAGGAAAAGAUUUAAAAACCGCUGCCCAUGCUCUCCAGGGGUUUCUGGCAGACAUCCGGCGGAGGCUACAACGAUUUCUUAACCCCGAUGGGACCGUUACGACUUUAGCAUUGCAGCUUACCAAUGAGACGGACGACUUUACUCAGUCAAUGAGGAAUGUACUAGGCCUAUCUCCAGACGAUACCUCAGACGACAUCGCGAAGAAACUCCGCGAGACAGCUACGUUGGUUGAUACGACUCUCUUCCGUGCCCACAUGUUUGCAACGCCAUCUCUCGCCGGAUCUCUCUUCCGCAUCGCCAACUUCUGUGACCCGGACGUCGUGAUGGAAAAACUCGAAGAAACCGGACGUUACAACGACCUUAUCGACUUCCUCUUUGGCAAAAGGUUGCACCGGCCCGCCCUCGAGCUACUGCAGAAAUUCGGCCAAGCCGAGGCGGACGAAGAGGACACUGUCGCCGCACAGCUCCGAGGCCCCGAACGCACUGUCACCUAUCUGCAGAAUCUCCCGCCAGAAAUGAUCGAUUUAAUCUUGGAAUUUGCCGAAUGGCCUGUGCGGACACGGCCGGAACUUGGCAUGGAGAUAUUCCUCGCUGAUACAGAGAAUGCGGAAACACUGCAGCGUGAUAGAGUCCUAGAAUUCCUCCAAAAUAUCGAUGCCAAGCUUGCUAUUCGAUAUCUAGAGCAUGUCAUUGGCGAGUUGAAUGAAAUGUCACCAGACUUGCAUCAGCGGUUGCUCUCAUUAUAUUUGGAUAGGCUCAAACGGUGGAAAGAGGAAGAAAUUAGCGCACAACAAGAGUUUGAAAACGAAGAAGAGUGGAGGGAUUGUAGGGAGAAGUUCUUGCAUAUGUUAAAGGACAGUGAGCAGUACUCUCCGGCUAGGAUGCUAGAUCGACUACCUAGAGAAGAUCCUGAAUUUUUCGAGCCUCGAGCGAUUCUUUUUAGCAAGAUGGGCCAACACAGACAAGCACUGGAGAUUUAUGUGUUCAAACUAGAGAGUCCAGAUAAAGCUGAAGAAUAUUGUAACUAUAUUCACCGGCUUGAAGAACCUCGGACAAUAGAUACUACGACAAAGCGCGUCUCACCCACAGACAACGAAGAUGGCCAUCCAUCCAUUUAUCACACUCUCCUGUCCCUUUACCUCUCCCCACCACAUAAUUACAAACCCCAAUACGGUCCCGCUAUUGAAAUCCUUGCCAGACACGGUUCUCGUCUCCCCGCCGGGUCCACCCUUGAUCUAAUACCUGAAACAUUCCCCGUGCACGAGCUAGAAUUCUACUUUCGCGGACGCAUGAGGGCGGCCAAUUCAGUCGGGAAUGAAGCCCGGAUUGUCGCUGCGUUACGCAAGGUGCAGAAUAUAGCUGUCCAGGCCGACUUGCAGCUCGGUGAAGAAAUCAUGAAGGGGAACAAUAAGGGCCGGAAUCGGUUCGUGACUAUUAGCGAGGAAAGGGUGUGUGGUGUAUGCCACAAACGGUUGGGCGGAAGUGUUAUUAGUGUUUUCCCAAACAAUACCGUUGUCCAUCUUGGGUGUGCUGGUAAAUGGAACGCCGCUCCUACUCCCUACGUGGGCGCAUAA